AGAACGGCCAUUAACGAUCGUUUGUCAAUAUUUUAUGUAAAGUAAUUUUGACUAGGACAUGGCAAAGUCUAUACUUGUUGCUUCGUUCGGAAUCCAGCGGAUUAUAUAUUCUGCAGGACACAUAAUGGAAAACACGGAGAGCGAUGUCGUUGAUGACACAGCGUCGUCAGUGACGACUGUUCUUUUGUCGUGUGUCUGUUUCUUCAUCUUCAUCUCCAUCACUGCUAUGUGUAUCUUGAGACGACGGUCCAGAACUGCAGAUACUGCAUUUUCAGGUGUCAGCAUAUACACCGACAUAGCCAACAGGAGGAACAGGGAAUCGCACACCUACACGGAUCUUCGCUAUCAAGACUUAAACUUUCAUCCUAACCGUGGCCCUAUCCUUAAUCCUAAUCCUAAUCACAGACCUCCAUCAAAAAACCAGGAUCCUGACAACGAUUAUGAAGAGGUGGUAGUCCUUCCAUUGUCACGUGGGCCAGUGGUACGUGCAGUGCAGAUGACAUGUAACCCGGCAUUCCGUGCAAGCUCGCCUGCAGCGUUUAAGUGAAAACUCAAUGGAGCUCGUGACCCUUGACGACCCUCUCCAUGAAGAAGGAAAUAUUUUGAGAUCAACGGUUUAAUUCCGGUGUUGAGUCAGAUUUUCCUUUUGUACAGUUUUGUUGGCAUUGACUUGGAUGACAGAUCCGUUGUACGCAUGCGCAAAGAGCUUAACAUACUAACCUGUUUGAAUAUUGACUUCGAUCACCUUGUAUUCUUCCUCUCCUUGUUGAAGGGCUUUGACCAGUUAGCAAAUACGGUUGAAUAUGUAACUGAUUUUAUUUUUGAUUCUGACAUAUUUUGCUUCCUUGUAAAUCACAGGUUACAUACUGUUCUCGUUACACUCAUCAUACAUGACAAGUCCAAAAAACUGUGCACAAAACUGCUCUGUUCAGUGAAAUUACUGGAAAAUCCAGGUGUUAUUUUAAUAUCUGAGCGAAUCCUUUUCCUGACAUCAUUUUACCUAUCGUGAAAGAGAUAGAUGGUUUAUUUUGUCAGUCAAAAGUGACCUAGUAAAAUGUAUAAAUAGAACCUACUCUUAUGUACAAAUAUUGUAAAAUUUUUAUUUUCGUUUUGAACAUGUUGAAGUAAAUACAGUGUUGUAUAUUGUUAGUAUGUUAUCUACAUCUGGGCAGUGUUAGCACUAGAGGACUAAUACAGACAGAUGACACUAAGAUUGGAUGCGUAUAAAUGUUAUUACAGUCAAUGUUAAGUGUCGAAACGAGAUUUGAUGGUGGUGAUAAUAAAGUAGAUGAUGGAGAUUAA